CAUAAAUGACUGGGUCAAGUCUUGUCAUGUUUUUCGUUUCCUAUGCAGCCCGGUUGAAUUUAAAAGUAGGCGAGCCAGCGAACCUUCUUUCGGGUCCCGUUCCGCGAUGAGGAACCCCGCCGCCUGCCGGAGCGUAAACGCAGCGACUGCCAGCUCAAAAGUUACCACUCCUGCGCCGACUUUAGGGCCAUGUCGAUGGACCCGAAGGUAUCCGCCCAGUAUGCGAUGGAUGUGGUGCACAAGGCACGAUGGCCCAGGGUUAUAGUGAGGCCUUCCGGAGGAUUAACCCGCGAAUAUCUGAUGUUCAUCGAAACUGAAGAACUGGUCGAUUUUGUAAUGAUUUUUAUGGAAAAACUCGAGAAGGCCAACACUAAACUAGCUGAAUAUGAGCAAAAUCGCAGAGGUCAACAAGAACAGAUUGAGUUAGUUCAACGAGCAGCUGAACAGGAACUGGUUCAGCAACGUACGGAGGUUGUUGACCAGGCAAAGGUUGAGGAAGAGCUGGCCGAUUUGAAGGACAUAAUUCUGAGGCUAAAAUGCAAAGCCGAUCGGUGCGAUUGUUUGGAGCAGGAAAAUCACUGUUUGCGGAAGAAAAUUCAUUGUUUGAAGAAAGAAAAGAAACCGGAAAUGAAGGAAAAAUGUGACGAGAAAAUUGACUGCGGAGAUUCUCCGCAGGUUGAUGCUGAUAAGGUUAAAGCGGAAAUGGCUUUGAUCCGAAAUUACUGUGAAGAGUUGAAGCAGCAGAAACGGACGCUGAUGGAAGAGUUGCAGAAGAGUAAAAUAAAUCACUGUAAAGUAUCGGAUUUGCGGAACCUACUGAUUCAGGAACAGUGCUGGCGAGAGCUGCUUCAGGAGAAGUUUGAUAAUCUUCAGAUCCAACACGACGUUCAAGCCAUCGAAUUGGAGAGGAAGAAAAACUACAUCACAAUGUGUAAUCGACGUCUGGAAAAAUCCUAAUAAAAUGAUUUAGCCCCCAAACUAUCCAGCAUUUAACCACCUGCCCCACGCUUGUCUCAGAU